AUGACUUCAUCGAUAGAACAGCAGCUUGACCAGCAACCGGACGAGGUUUCAACCGAAAAGCCCUCCGAGGUCAAGGAGGAUGAGACUCAAUUACCAGCGGGCACCCGGCUGUUAGCUAUUAUUCUUUCUAUUCUGCUCGCUAUGUUUUUAGUUGCCUUGGAUCGCACCAUCAUUGCCACAGCAGUCCCCCGAAUCGCAACCCAAUUCAAUUCUCUCGACGAUAUCAGUUGGUAUGCGAGUGCAUAUCUGCUGACAAGUUGUGCCACUCAGCUAUCUUGGGGCAAGGUGUACACCUUCUACUCUACAAAGACCAUCUUCCUAGUCGCGAUACUUAUUUUCGAAGUCGGAUCGGCCGUCUGCGGGGGCGCCCCCAACUCCAAGGCCUUCAUCGUGGGACGCGCAAUAGCAGGGAUUGGAUCAGCGGGUAUAUUCUCCGGUGCGACAGUGAUAAUUGCACAGAUUGUGCCGCUGGCCAAACGGCCGAUGUACGUCGGGCUUAUGGGGUCUAUUUUUGGCCUUUCAUCAAUCAUCGGUCCGCUGAUGGGUGGUGCAUUCACAGAUAAUGUAACAUGGCGCUGGUGCUUCUAUAUCAACCUACCCAUUGGCGGCUUCGCCGUGGUUAUCCUGUUCGUUUUCCUGGCUGUCCCUCACAAACCCCAACCGUGCACCUGGAAGCAACAGAUUCUCCGCCUCGACCCCCUGGGCAGCGUGUUCUUCCUGCCUUCUGUCAUCUGUUUUCUGCUUGCCUUGCAAUGGGGUGGCACAGCGUACCCCUGGAGCAAUGGGCGCAUCAUCGCCCUGUUCGUCGUCUCGGGGAUCCUGAUCAUAGCCUUUGUCGGCGUGCAAAUCUGGCUCAAGAAGGGGGCAACGGUGCCGCCUCAUAUAUUCAACCAGAGGAGCAUCCUCAGUGGAGUCACCUUUUCUCUGUGUGUGGGUGGAGGGCUAAUCUCUAUGCUGUACACGCUCCCACUCUGGUUCCAGGGCGUGCGCGGCACAUCGGCUGUGAAAUCUGGGAUUGACACGAUUCCUAUGGUGCUGGCAUUGGUUGUUGGAGCCAUCAUCUCAGGCGCAACCAUCACUGCAACAGGAUAUUACGUUCCUUGGAUGUUCGUUGCGGCAAUUUUCAUGUCGAUGGGCGCAGGGUUGAUGACAACCUUCAAGGUGGACACCAACCACGCCGCCUGGAUUGGGUACCAGGUGCUAUUUGGUAUUGGCAUCGGCACAGGGAUGCAGCAACCAUCCAUGGCUGCUCAAACUGUCCUUCCUAAGGAUGAGGUCUCCAUUGGUGUCUCACUCAUAUUCUUCGCCCAAUCUCUCGGUGGAGCUAUCUUUAUCGCUGUCGCCCAGUCGCUCUUCCAGAAUUACCUCGGUGCAAACCUACCCCACAUCCAAGGGAUUGAUGUAGCCAAGAUUCUAGGAACUGGGGCAACAGGUCUGUCGAAUGCUGUUCCGACUACCAAGUUGGCUGAGGUUCUGGUCUUAUACAAUGAUGGCCUCCGGCAGUCGUUCAUUGUUGCCGUGGCGGUGUCCUGUUUGAUGAUUGUCCCCGCGCUGACGAUGGAAUGGAGGUCAAUCAAGGGGAAAUCGUCCGACACGACUUCCUGA